AUUCCAAAUAUCAUCAAUGCCCUGGCAAAUCUCGAAAGGCAGUACGUGGAACACAAGGAGAAAUUCGAAAAAUGGAAAGUCGACAAUGUGAAACAGCGUGGCAGUGAAACCUACAAUAGGUAUGUUGAGCAAUUCCAUCAGUGGGAAAUGAAUGUCAAAGAACAACAACGAUUGCUCAUUGACGAAAGGAAUAAUCUGGUCAACUCAUCAGAUGUUGACGUUGCCCUCGGUUAG